AUGGCGUCCAACGAAACAAUGAAAACCCGCCUGCCGAGGCACGAAAUCCUGCACCAACUGCGAGGCCAUCAAGAGAAGAGACAUCGAGACCUGGUUUGCCACCGCUCCGUGGAUUGCCGCUGGAUCUUCCAACCAUCCGUCUCUGACAUGGCUUCGCUAGCUGCCGAGAUGACGCUCGAAGAUGCAGACGACUGCUGUAACAAAGCCACCGGCAUCUACGUCCACUCAGCUAAACGCACAGGCUACCUUUGCCUGCUUCUCCAAACGCUGCAUAACUACCUGUAUGGGAGGUGGUUUCGUCCUUACAAGAGCGAAAUCGAGUACGUCCAGUUCAUCGCAAAGACGUUUCUCCCAGAGCUGCUCCUCGAGGAUUUGCGACCCGGACCCUUGGCCAAUCUUGCCGUCUCGGUCCAUGCAGCCAUCUGUAAUCGGGCACAAGAGAUCCGAGAUGCAGUCAAGGACCUCUCACCUCACCACAGUCGCAGCGACUGGGAUCCGCCGCCUGCCAAGUGCCCCAAGAGGUUGGGGCGGGACGCAUACUCGCGAAUGGAACUUGAUCGGAUUAUUCGCCACCAAGAGUUCUUUGUGCUUCGGCCGUUGUUCCGAGCAAUCAUCAUCAUCAUCAGGCUUGAAGAAUACAGUGACAAAGACUUGGACAUUGCUCAACUGCCCGUCCUCCUGGUCAGGACGGGAACAGAGGACGGCCUCAGCGCUCCCAUUUCGUUUGAGUCCAUCGCCCACCAUAUCCACAGUGCCAUCCAUGAUACCGCAAAGGGCGAGAUAGCAGUCCGAGUGGCGCUUGAAGUCGCCGUGGACUUCAUCAUGAUGUUGGAGAAGCGCGAGACUGAUGCUUUUGGCCACCAACCGGACCCGAUUGCGUCUACCCGGGAUCUUGAAGACGGCGGCCUUGCCGGUCGUUACGAAAUUCUCCAAACAGCUGAGACACUUGGCUGGGGCGAUGAGCCAUUGGCAGGACCGAGUUCUGGAUGGGUAGACACCAAGAUACAUACCGGAUGGUGCGGCGGAGGUGUCGAUUCGGACAACUGGAAGCGACGAGCGCAGAGGCUUGAACGCGAAAAUGUUAUCAGGGCCGAGGAGAUGUACCCUGAGCCUUACCAGUGGCCAGCCAUCCUUCAAGGGUCCAGGAAGCAUUGGCAAAUCUGGCGAGAUUGA